AUGGAAUCAAAUACCACCAAUAUUCAAACCUCUGAGAGCUCACCUCAAUCUACAGAAGUGCCAGAAAUCUUUGAUACCUCUCCCUCUGGCCCUAUCACAACACAAGAACAUGUGGUCGAAAUACCUUCUACCAAUCAGUAUUCUGUUCUAGAGGACGAAGAACAGGAGAACAACAACAAAAAGAAUAAAGAAAACUUGAACAGUAAAAAAAUAAAUUUCACACAAAAAUAUGUGAGAGCGAAACUGAUACUCUGCGACUCGAAUGGAUAA